CCGAAAAUGCACAUCACGUCACACUCACUCGGCAGAGAACAUAAAACAACGUAACAUGCGUUUCUUUUAACUAAGGUCGACAAUGAUACUCUGCUUUUGGCUUGUUGCCGUGACCCCAGUAUCAUGCUGGGGCCAGGUGCUAGUGGACACAGGGGAUGUUUUCCAGCCUCAGAGCGCUCUUACUGAUGUGGAGUUUGGCGCUGUGAGCACCUACCGUGGCCCUGGAAACAAUGACCAUCGACCUAAUAAAGAGUUGCCCAUCCUUUUGUGGUGGAGCUCCAAUCUGUUUCCCCACUUCCCAGGAGACACCGAGCGCGUGGACUGUGCCCGCUUCUCCUGUCUGGUCACACGCAAUCGUAAAGUUCAACUGUACCGUCGCACGGUGUCCAUUAUCUUCUACGGCACGGACUUUAGGGCGUACGAAGCUCCGCUGCCACGUAUGCCGCACCAAACUUGGGCGUUAUUUCACGAAGAGUCACCCAUGAAUAACUAUCUCCUCUCUCACAGCAUUGGCAUCAGGCUCUUUAACUACACGGCCACGUUCAGGAGGGAGUCCGACUAUCCACUAACCCUGCAGUGGCUGCCCUCUCUAGAUUAUCUCCUGACACCAUCCGCCGUGUCGCUACAGGAGAAGAACCGCUGGAGAAACGCUGGUCUGGCUCCUGUGCUCUACAUGCAGUCCCACUGUGAUGUGCCUUCUGACAGGGACCGCUAUGUUCAGGAGCUUAUGAAAUACAUAGAGGUUGACUCAUAUGGGAAGUGCCUUAACAACAGACAUUUACCAGAGGAUCUGGAGGACACCAGCACAGCUACUGGUGAGGACAGACGCUUCAUGAGCUUCGUCGCCCGCUAUAAGUUUCACCUAGCCUUAGAGAACGGCCUGUGUCCAGACUACGUGACCGAGAAGCUCUGGCGGCCCAUGCACCAGGGUUGUGUGCCCAUAUACAGGGGCUCAUCUUCAGUGGCCGACUGGCUGCCAAACAAUCAUUCUGCCAUCCUCAUUGAUAACUUCCCCUCUCCCCGAGAUCUGGCUGAGCACAUAAAGGCUCUAGAUCAAGAAGACACUGAGUACUCGCGUUAUUUGGAGUACAAAUCGCCUGCAAAGAUCACUAACUUGCACCUGUUGAAUGUGCUGGAGACUAGAGAGUGGGGUGUUAAUGACAUGAGUAAACCCAACUACCUGAACGGCUUUGAGUGUUUUGUGUGUGAUCGAGAGAACGAGCGUCUGGCCGCUGUAAAAGCGCACAAGAAGAAUCCAGAACAGAACCCGCUCCCUCUACCAAAGAUGGCUGACAGCUCACACAUGGGAUGUCCAGUGCCAAGUCCUGGAUAUGGAUCUGUGGAAACCAUUGAUGCCAAUGAUAGCUGGCACCUGAUGUGGCCACAGGACUACUGGCAGAGUCUGGAUCAAGCCGAGGGUUUGGAGUCACUUAUCAGACAUAACGUGUCAGACCCGUCAUUACUAUGGCAACACAUGCAGAACAUUGCUGUGCGGGGAGCUAGAGGCCAGUGAGUUUACUGACAUGAAGAAUGAUGCUUCACCAUCCACCCAAAGGAGCAUGUUAGAACCAAACCUCUCUUGACAGCUGAGGAAAAAACACUGUUGCCAAAAUAUUUUGAUCUCAGCUAAUCUUUAACUGGGUGUGCAUUUUAAGAAUGGAUGAGGUGCAUCUUCUUCCCUUGAAAUCAGAUUUCAAUCAUCACACUCGGCACUUUUUAAUAUGCAUUGACCGAACAUUUUAGUCACUUUGGCAUGUUUUUCACAGAAAAACUCACAGAUGAAUAUCACUGCAAACAUGAUAAAGUGAAUGAUUUCUUUAUUCACAAUACCAUUAUAGUACCAGAUUUUUGUCCUAGAAUGUUUUUUUUUUUUUGGUGUUGCUGAUUUUUGGUUUCAUUUGAACCCAUAGGAAUUUCGGGUCCAUUUUAUAUGAAAGUUCAUUUAUAAAGAUUUGUAUACCUCAGUAUUUUUUAAUGUGCUGUAUUUAUUUUUUAUACUGCAAUACAAUAAAGGUGGAUAAAACAGUU